UCUUUUCCUGUCCGGCUGGAAAGAUGGCGUCCCGCAAAGAAGGCACCGGCUCAUCCGCCACCUCUUCCAGCUCUACCACCGGCGCUGCAGGCAAAGGCAAAGGCAAAGGAGGAUCCGGAGAUUCAGCCGUGAAGCAAGUGCAGAUAGAUGGCUUGGUGGUAUUAAAGAUUAUCAAACAUUACCAGGAAGAAGGACAAGGAACUGAAGUGGUUCAAGGAGUGCUUUUGGGCCUUGUUGUAGAAGAUCGACUUGAGAUUACCAACUGCUUUCCUUUCCCUCAGCACACUGAAGAUGAUGCUGACUUUGAUGAAGUCCAGUAUCAGAUGGAGAUGAUGCGGAGCCUGCGCCAUGUGAACAUCGACCACCUCCACGUGGGCUGGUACCAGUCCACAUACUACGGCUCAUUAGUCACCCAGGCCCUUCUGGAUUCUCAGUUCAGUUACCAGCAUGCCAUUGAAGAGUCUGUCGUUCUCAUUUACGAUCCCAUAAAAACUGCCCAAGGGUCUCUCUCACUAAAGGCAUACAGACUGACUCCUAAAUUGAUGGAAGUUUGUAAAGAAAAGGAUUUUUCUCCUGAAGCAUUGAAAAAGGGAAAUAUCACCUUUGAGCACAUGUUUGAAGAAGUGCCGAUUGUAAUUAAAAAUUCACAUCUGAUUCACAUCAUGAUUCACAUCCCACAUCUGAUCAACGUUCUAAUGUGGGAGCUGGAGAAGAAGUCAGCUGUAGCAGACAAACAUGAAUUGCUCAGUCUUGCUAGCAGCAAUCACUUGGGGAAGACACUCCAGUUGCUGAUGGACAGAGUGGAUGAGAUGAGCCAAGAUAUAGUUAAAUAUAACACAUACAUGAGGAACACAAGUAAACAGCAGCAGCAGAAACAUCAGUACCAGCAGCGUCGCCAGCAGGAGAACAUGCAGCGCCAGAGCCGAGGAGAACCCCCACUCCCUGAGGAGGAUCUGUCCAAACUCUUCAAACCACACCAGCCCCCUGCCAGGAUGGAUUCUCUGCUCAUUGCAGGCCAGAUUAACACUUACUGCCAGAACAUCAAGGAGUUCACUGCCCAGAACUUAGGCAAACUCUUCAUGGCCCAGGCUCUUCAAGAAUACAACAACUAAGAGGAGGACGUUUCCAGAAAAGGACGUUAACAUAGACUCUUGAGAUCACACUGGGGCAACUCUCAGAAGAAGAACAUUUGAAUAUUGGAAAGUCUUUCUAGCAAUUAAUAAAAUAAAAAUAAACCAAAAAAAAAAAAAA